AUGACUUCUCAACGUGUUGGCAAUGGACCAUCAUAUAUAUCUGGUGCUGAUCUUAAUAAUGAUCAUAAAAUAGAUCUUGUUACUGCUAAUUAUGAUGAUAGUACUAUAAGUGUACUCCUUGGGAAUGGUGAUAAUACUUUUCAAAAUCAAGUCAAAUAUUCAACUGGUACAACUAAUGAUAAUCCAAAUGCAUUAUACAUUGCCGAUGUAAACAAAGAUGGUAAUCUAGAUGUAGUCACAGCUAAUAGUGGUACAAGUAAUGUGGCCGUAUUUCUUGGAAAGGGUGAUGGAACGUUUUCAACAGCAAAGAUAUAUUCAACAGGAACUGGUUGUAAACCAACAGGACUUGUUCUUGGUGAUUUAAAUAAAGAUGGUAAUAAUGAUCUAGUCGUUACAGAUGAAACAAAUAAUGUUGUUUUGAUAUUUCUUGGAGACGGCACUGGUGCAUUUACAUUAACAAAUACACUAUCGUCUGAUAGUAAUUCUAAACCAUAUGGUGUUACUAUCAAUGAUUUUAAUGGAGAUGGUCUACCGGAUAUUGGUAUUACUAAUUCUGGUACAAAUAAUGUUGGAAUAUUUCUUAACAAUGGUAAUACAAUCUUUAAACCACAGACAACAUACUCGACUGGUAAUAAUCCUGUUGCAAUGACUGUUGUUGAUUUUAAUAAAGAUGGUAUAUUAGAUAUUGCUACAGCAAACUAUGCUGGAAAUAGUAUAAGUGUACUUCUUGGCAAUAGUGCUGGAACUUUCCAAGCACAAAAAUUAUUUUCUACUGGUAGCGGAUCUUUACCUUAUUCAAUCUAUAGUGGUGAUUUUAAUGGAGAUAAAAAUCAAGAUAUUAUAGUACCUGAUUCUGGUACAAAUAAAAUUACUAUAUUCCGUGGAAAUGGUCAUGGAAACUUUCGAAGUCAAAAAACUUAUUCAACCGGUGAUGGUUCUAAUCCAGUCGAUAUAACUGCAGUAGAUUUAAAUAACGAUAAUCGACUAGAUUUUGCCUCUGCAAAUUAUGGAACGAAUACAGUUAGUGUGUUUUUAAAUACUUGUAAUUAA